CCUUCUUCCAGCCUGGAGCCCUCUUGCUCAUGAUACCAGCCCACCGUCCCCAGCCAACAGCUCCAAAGUUUCGCCAGAGCCCAGGGCAGCAGGCGCUUGGAGGAGCCUGGACCAAUGUGCUGGCUUCUGCCUCGCCCACCCUGUCGCCCUCCCCUGUGAAGCAUGUGUCUGGCCAAUGGCAGCCUGGCCCUGAUGGCUUGGCUUUCUCCCCUCCCUUGUUGCCGCUCCCCAGCCCACUCUGCCCAGCCCACCCCUCGCAGGCUCCUCGCCUUCCUGAUCGCUGGCUCCUGAGCGCAGAGCCGAGCCCUAGCAAGCUGGGCGGGCAGCCGGCGCUCCUGGCUCCGUCCCCUGCCAGCUGCUCCCAGGGUCUACUCCGUCCCCAAGGGGCUCCUCAUCCUGGGCCAGGCGAACUUCCUACCUGAAGGGAACCAGAGCUUGGGAAGACAGAGCUAAGGCUAGCAAUGGACCCUGUGAGCCAGCUGGCCUCGGCGGGCACCUUCCGGGCGCUGAAGGAGCCCCUUUCCUUCCUGCGAGCCCUGGAGUUGCUUUUUGCAAUCUUUGCAUUUGCAACAUGCGGUGGCUACUCCGGAGGCCUGAGGCUAAGUGUGGACUGUGUCAACAAAACAGAAAGUAACCUCAGCAUUGACAUAGGGUUUGCCUACCCAUUCAGGUUGCACCAGGUGACCUUCGAGGUGCCCACCUGUGAGGGGAAGGGAAGGCAGAAGCUGGCGCUGAUCGGAGACUCCUCGUCCUCUGCUGAGUUCUUCGUCACCGUCGCUGUCUUCGCCUUCCUCUACUCUUUGGCUGCCACCGUCGUUUACAUAUUCUUCCAGAACAAGUACCGGGAAAACAACCGGGGCCCACUCAUUGACUUCAUCGUGACUGUAGUCUUUUCAUUCUUGUGGUUGGUGGGUUCAUCAGCUUGGGCGAAAGGAUUGUCUGAUGUCAAAGUUGCAACAGAUCCCAAGGAAGUCUUGUCACUGAUGUCAGCUUGCAAGCAGCCGUCCAACAAAUGUAUGGCUGUCCACAGCCCCGUCAUGUCCAGCUUGAACACGUCGGUGGUCUUCGGAUUUUUGAACUUUAUCCUCUGGGCUGGAAACAUUUGGUUUGUUUUCAAGGAGACGGGCUGGCAUUCCUCGGGACAGAGAUACCUUUCAGACCCCAUGGAGAAGCACUCUAGCAGCUACAAGCAAGGCGGGUACAACCAAGACAGCUAUGGGUCAAGUGGUGGGUACAGCCAGCAGGCGAGCUUGGGGCCAUCCUCUGAUGAGUUUGGCCAACAACCUAGUGGCCCCACUUCUUUUACCAACCAGAUAUAACAGAAUAGUGUCCGUGUUCUUCUCCAGAUAGCCUCAACACCUUCCAUUUCAGUAGCAGAAGAAUUUUUUAAGAGUUUCAAUCAAUUAUUAAUGCAGAGAGUGUUGAAUGUAAAUCAGAGCUCUGUGGCCCUCAUUAAGCCAGAAAGGCCUGGGUCGUGAUAAAUGGUACUUAGAGAUUAGAUGCCAUGAGGAGAUACAUUAUUCAUCACAGAUGGGUAAUUGGAAGGAACCUUGUUAUAUACACAGUACUUUUAUGGUUGUUUUGUAUGUGUGUUGAAAUAGUGAAGCAUUUUGUAGCUUAAAGUCUCUAGUAUGUAAUAUGCAUAAAGUAAAUUAAAUAGCAUUAAGUUUCCCUAUGCAUUUUGAUGCAAAAGUCAAUUUAAUGAUUCCUGGAAGACCAUUUGGUGUAUAACAACAUGCAUGUAUUAUUAUGUUUCGCUUUAGGUCCUGUAGGACUGUAAAUCUCUGUUUUAGAUAAUUACUCUGUUUUUUUUUUUACUUGAUGAAAUGAUGCUUAUAUGAUUUAGUGCAUGAAUAAGCAUUUUCUUACACAAUAAACAUUUGACUGCAUUUAUGAAGAUUUUUCAGUUUGCAUCAUAAAUUUGUUAAGCAAGUGUUUAAAGCAAUGUAUUCAAUACUUUGUAUACUUUGCAAGUUUGUUUCUCUGGCUAAGCCACCUUCUGAAUGCUUAUAGGUAAGGUUUGGAACUUUUCCCAAUCUGCAGACAGUGUUCUGUAUGAUAACUGCCCAGUAUUUGUCUGAUUUACUUAACUAAAUGUUCCAUUCUUUAACUUUCUGUGGUGUUUUGUGGCUCUUAUCCUGUGAACCAUGAGUAAUAAGGCCCAAUAACUCUGUGUUUGUAAAGUGGUAUUUUCUCAGAAUACAGGAGAUGUAGGCUUAGAUCCCAUAGUUUAAGUAUUGUAGAAAGGGUACCCUGUAAUCCUACAUGACCAGCCAAGCAUUUAAAAUCCUAUUUUGAAGCUAAUCUGUACCUCAAUCCAAUUAUUAGGACUCUCAAGUUACAAUUUAACAGAAUUACUAAUUCUGAUUUGAGUAUAACCCAUAAGUUAAAAUUGGUUUCCCUGUGCCACUCUAUCCCAAAAAGAGGGCUCUCAUGAAAUACUGAAGAGAAUUCAUCCCUUAGCAAGAAAAUGUCUCUACGUUUUAAUUCACCUGAAACAAAGGGCCCAACAGGAAGGGCAUGCUAAGCAUCCACAUUUCUAGAUAAAGUCGUUACUGAUGUACAAACUCCUUGUGUGAUCUGUGAUACUGAAAGCAGUUUAGCACAAAAUAGCCUGUGUCUUAAAUGCUAUCUGUAACCAUUUUUUUUAAUCUGUUGGAUAAAUCUGUAUUGUGAUAUCUAUUUGACUUCAAUAAAGUUGUUGCAUACAAUCUGGCUAAGCA